CCGCUACCACGACCCACUCUCAAUGCAACUGCUACACUCCGAUAAACAACUCCCAGCCCCCAUGUCCACCGCAGCCGAGGCCGUCCACCAGUCACCCUCCAAGGUGAUCAACGUGCUCGACCCCGAGGCGGAGGACUUCCAGGUGUCUGAAAACUAUGUCACUAAGACGGUGCGAAACCAGAAGCACCUGCCCCCUAUCACUUGGUCCAACUUGCUUUUCAACAUUCAGUGGAUCUCAUUCCUCGCCCUGACGAUCCCGCCUGCUCUGUCGUUCUAUGGCCUUGCCACUACCCCUGUCCAACUCAAGACUUUCAUCUGGUCAGUCGUCUACUACUUCAUCACUGGUCUUGGCAUCACUGCCGGCUACCACCGACUCUGGGCUCACCGCUCGUACAAUGCUUCCAAGCCUCUCCAGGUCACUCUUGCCCUCGCGGGUGCCGGAGCCGUCCAGGGAUCGAUCCGCUGGUGGGCACGCGGCCACAGGGCUCACCACCGCUACACGGACACGAAGCUUGAUCCUUACUCGGCCCACGAGGGCUUCUGGUGGUCUCACAUUGGCUGGAUGCUCGUAAAACCCCGUGGAAACAUUGGCUUCGCCGACAUUUCCGACCUGAGCAAGAGCCCCGUCGUCCGCUGGCAGCACAGCAACUAUGUCGCCCUCAUGGUCUUCAUGGGUCUUGCCUUCCCAACCACUGUCGCUGGCCUCGGCUGGGGUGACUGGCGCGGCGGCUUCUUCUUUGCCGGCGCUGCCCGUCUUGUCUUUGUUCACCACUCGACCUUCUGCGUCAACUCGCUUGCCCACUGGCUUGGUGAGACUCCCUUCGACAACAAGCACACCCCUAAGGAUCACUUCAUCACUGCUCUUGUCACUGUUGGUGAGGGCUACCACAACUUCCACCACCAGUUCCCCAUGGACUUCCGCAACGCCAUCAAGUGGUACCAGUACGAUCCUACCAAGUGGUUCAUCUGGACCAUGUCGAAGCUUGGCUUCGCCUCGCAUCUCAAGAAGUUCCCCGAGAACGAGAUCAAAAAGGGCCAGUACACCAUGAAGCUUCAGAUGCUGCAGGAGAAGUCCGAGGAGAUCAAGUGGCCCGUCCACUCCAACGACCUGCCUGUUAUCCUUUGGGAGGACUUCAAGGCUGAGGCCAAGGAGCGCUCUCUUGUCGCCAUUCACGGUUUUAUCCACGACGUCUCUUCGUUCAUUGAGGAUCACCCCGGUGGAGCCCACAUCAUCAAGAAGGCUGUCGGCACUGACGCCACUGCUGCCUUCUUCGGCGGUGUCUACGACCACUCGAACGCUGCCCACAACCUUCUGGCUACGAUGCGCGUCGGUAUCCUCGUUGGUGGCAUGGAGGUCGAGUCGCUCAAACUCCAGGGUCUCCGCCGCAGCGUCUCGUCGACCCCCUUCGAUUCGGAUGUCUCGUCGGCUUCAUCGGUCUCUGUCACGUCCAUCCUCUCCGAAGUCAAGCUGAUCGAGGAGCGUAAGCCCGCCCAACAGCCUGCUGCCCAGCUCUCUAACCCCUGGACUUUCAGCAUUCCUCCCUCCGAGAGGCUUCGCAUCGUUCAGGCCGAGCUUGAGGUCCGCCCGACCGUCCUCUCUGGCCUCAACUCGCAGGCUGACUUGGCCGCCGGUUCAUGCUCUCUCCCGCCUCCUCUCUCGCCCUAGUUACCCCUUGAAAGGACAGUGUGGAUGGGAAGAAUAGUCGCGUCCUGGUCGCUCGGUGUCCGCUUCGUUGGUAGCGCCAAUAGACAUCAGCACC